CUGAAAAACAGAGGAAAUUUUUUGAAAAGGACCAUUCCCCAAUUCACAUUAAAGAAAACAGAGUCAUCACAGUAGGCGGCAGCUUUAAAUCAACGCAACUUCUAGAAAAACUCAUCAAUUUAUCUUCCAUUUUUUCACAGAUCUUGAAUCAAACUUAGCAGCAGGGAAGUAGAAGAAGAAGAAGAUGUCGUGGCAAACGUAUGUUGAUGAUCAUUUGAUGUGUGAGAUUGAAGGUAAUUAUCUCACUUCUGCUGCUAUCAUCGGCCAUGAUGGUUCCGUUUGGGCUCAAUCUGCUAAUUUUCCUCAGUUUAACCCAGAAGAAAUAACAGCCAUAAUGAAUGACUUUGCUGAACCUGGUACACUUGCUCCAACUGGUUUAUAUCUUGGGGGAACAAAGUAUAUGGUGAUUCAAGGGGAGGCAGGAGCUGUUAUACGAGGCAAGAAGGGUGCUGGUGGUAUCACCAUUAAGAAGACUAACCAGGCUUUGAUCAUUGGAAUAUAUGACGAGCCGAUGACUCCUGGCCAGUGUAAUAUGAUUGUUGAAAGGCUGGGUGACUAUCUCAUCGAACAGGGUCUCUAGUCAUGUUGUGUAUUAAUAUCCUACAUAAUUGAGGCCAUGAAGAAGUGUGUUGUGCUCUGUAAGGGGGAGAAUUGCAAUCUCUUGUGUGUAUCAACUAUGUUGUCAUUGUAACAUUUUUCUUUGUGUUUCCUUGUGAGCUUGUCAUUGACCUAUUGGUUGGUUAUAUAUAAUGGAAUGUGCUUAUAGUUGGAUA